UCUGCUUUUCAGGUGAUGAUCGAUCACUCAACGGUGACAGUAUCUUCGGUUGCUCAGGGUUUUGCAUUCUGAAUCGAUUCGCUCGAGCUUUCUCUGAUGUGAAUGUUUUGGUCAAUUGAUUAUAUAGUUGCGUAUGAUCCAAUGGACCCGGACGGCAACGUCACCAUCAAGUGGGAUUUCAUCAUCUUCGAUGGCAACCAUUACACGGUUUUGGUGAGCAUCUACAACUACCAGCUUUACCGGCACAUCGAGAUCCCCGGCUGGCGGCUGGGUUGGACGUGGCCCAAACACGAAGCGAUUUGGGACAUGCGCGGCGCAGAGUCGACCAACCAGGGAGACUGCUCCCGCUUCAAGGUCAGCACCCUCCCCCACUGCUGCGACCCAUCUCCCACCAUCAUCGACCUCCCCCUAGGCGCCCCCUACAACUUCCGAACCGACAACUGCUGCCGCGGUGGUGUCCUCUCCUCCCUCGCCCAGGACCCCUCCCACAUCCAAGCCUCCUUCAAAAUGGUCAUCGACUCCCGCAACGUCACCGACGAAGCAAAUCCCAAGCCGUACAACUUCACCCUCGGAGUUCCCGGUUACACUUGCAGCAACGCCACCAAGGUGGCGGCCAGCAAGUUCAAGACUGACACCGAAAGGACAACCCAGGCACUGUUGACAUGGGAAGUGAUCUGCUCAUACUCGCAGUUCAGGGAAUCAGCAACGCCCGGUUGCUGCGUCUCAUUGUCGACUUUCUACAGCAGCACCAUCGUUUCCUGCCCUGACUGUAGCUGUGGCUGCCAGGGCACACCGACAUCACCUCUCUGCUUAAGGGAUGAUGAGAAAUACUCCAGGUUGAAGGAACAGUCUAGUGACAGCGAUGGAUCACAAAACCCUCUUCUCUGCACACAACACAUGUGCCCCAUUAGCGUGCAUUGGCAUGUGAAGGUCAGCUACAAAGACUACUGGAGAGUGAAGAUGACCAUCACCAACUACAACAUGAACAAGAACUACAGUGACUGGAAUUUAGUGCUGCAACAUCCCAACCUUCGAAGCCUCUUGCAGAUCUUUAGCUUCAAUUACCACCCUCUCCUUCAGUAUGGCAGUCUCAACGACACCGGUGUGUUUUGGGGGAUCAAGCAUUACAAUGACAUGUUGCUCAACUACGGAGACAACGGGAAUGUGCAGAGUGAGAUGCUGCUGCACAAGGAUACGGAAGAGUUCACGUUCAAAGGAGGCUGGCCGUUUCCGAGGAGGAUAUCUUUCAACGGUCACGACUGUGUCAUGCCACCACCGGAUUUGUACCCCUCGCUGCCGAAAGGCUACUCCAUGGCUUCUUCCCCGUUGCUUCCUGAUGUUACUGUGUUUCUAUCCACAAUUUUUCUUUCUGUAGUUUUAGUGCUCCUGUGAUUAUGCAAUCCUUUGUUUCUCUGUUAAAAUUUGCUAAUAUGAUCAGUAUCAUUGUUAG